UUCCUUUUUUUAAGAGAGAUCUAGAAUUAUCAAUGAGUGAGUGUAGACUGUAGAGUUACAAAAUUGGAAGAAUAUUCAAAGGCACCCCCUAGACAAGAACAAGUCGAAGGAGAAGAGAGAAACAGAUCCUCUCACGUGCACAUGCAGCAGAACCACCCCAACACCAGUCGUCUUGUCCCCUUGUCCAACUAUGACGUUACAGAGCUAAAAUUGGAAAACGGCCAAUUGGCCAUGCAUGGCCUUGGUGGGCUUCUUCCCACAUCCCAAGCGAAGCACACAUGGGGCAGGGCUUUUGACACACUAGAAUCCGUGGUUCAUCAAGCUACUCACCACAGACGCGAACCAAACUUGAUCCACAAUGGCCAGACCCCGGCCAACAUAAGCUCAAUGGUUGCAUCCUCCGGCCGAACAUGGACUGACAACGGAGGCCAGGUACCGUUGGCAGAGGGGUGGAUGAGGAAACGUACUCGAUCUGACUCCGAUUACCAUGGAAACAAUUUUAGCGGUAGUACUACUAGCAUUCAUGAAGAGCAUGCAGAUCCCAGCACUUGUGCUAGUCCUAGUCCUAGUGCUAGUGCUAAAUUGUGCAGGGACAAUGAAAAAACUAUGACUACAUGGGCUUCGUUUGAGUCUCUUCCCAGCUUGAAGAGUACCAAAAGCCCUGAUGAGGAUUCAGCCUCUCACGGCGGAUUGGAAAACCAAGAUGAUGGCCAAGAGACCACCAAAGAUGGUGAAUCAGGCCGUUCACGCUCCACAAGACCAAAGCGUGCUGCUGCUGUUCAUAAUCAGUCAGAGCGGAAACGAAGAGACCGGAUCAAUCAGAAGAUGAAAGCUCUGCAAAGGUUGGUGCCAAAUGCAAGUAAGACUGAUAAGGCUUCAAUGCUUGAUGAGGUGAUCAAAUACUUGGAACAACUUCAAGCUCAAGUCCAAAUGAUGAGCAGUGUGAGAAAUAUGCCUCACAUGAAUAUGAAUAUGAAUAUGAUGAUGCCCCUAGGAAUGCAGCAGCAGCAGCAUCUUCAUCAAAUGUCAUUCUUAGCACAUAUGGGCAUGGGUGGUAAUGUUGGUCCUCUUGGGCUAGGAAUGGGAAUGGGAAUUCAUCCUACUCCGGUUGUGGCGGCAGCUCCUACUUUCAUUCCACCCUUUAUGGUACCCCCAUUGAUGCCACGACACCCUCCUUCUCAAGCAAAGCCUGACCCUGCUUGCACCAAUGCUUCAGACCGUUUGCCUGAUCCAUAUGGUGCCCUUCUAGCACAACAAUCAAUGAAUAUGGACCUGUUCAAUAGGAUGGCAGCACUAUAUAACCAACAAGUCAAUCACACAACAGCGGCAACAAGCAGCCCAUCACAGUCAAACCAUGUGCAAGGGAACUAA